AAGCUCGCUUAUGGCUGGGAUGGGAUGCUGCCCGACCGAGUGACUGUAGCUGAGGACUUGAACUCUGCUGGUGCACCGAAACUGAAUAUACAUGCGGGACGGCGACGCUGGAAAUUGGAUAACGCGCGACACCGACACCACCGACAGUGACUGACUGUGCAGGAGAUUGCUCUGGUUGAUUCCAAUCGUGACCGGCGCCGCGGAUGGACGUGUUUUUUUAGCUCGGAUUGCAGAUUUCCGAAAUUACGAUAUUCCUGAGCAAGUGUCCGGUUUUGUGGCGAAGCAUUACAGGUGUUUGCGAUUCUUUUCCGGGCCGCGUACAGGUGUGAUUGAGUUGCGAUAAAAUUGUGGAGAAGGGAUUCACAAUCUGUACUGCAAAAUCGAGACAUAAAAGAAGAAAAUCUUACGGUGGAAAAGUGAAAGAUUGCAAGAAUCGAAAAAGGCCACAGUUUUUUUUCCGGAGUCCAACAUGCAGAACCUCCUUUGAAAAGAGAAACAAAUCAAUAUUGGGAGAAGUAUUUACAACUUGGUGCCACAACUAAAAAGUUAACAACAGUGCGCUUUCCGGGUUUUAGUAACAGUGUGCAAAACACAAGUGAAACAUUGAUUGAUAAAGUGCCACAUACGAAGAAAAAAAAAGUCAGUGACAUACGGAACAAAUCAUUUCAAAACUUGAGAAGCGAUUUUUCAGGAUUACACGUGUGCGGGCUUCAGCCUGCUAAACAUCGGCAAAAUUUUCACGGACGGGAAUAAGCUGGGUUCCGCUACAGCGGGUCGUGGAAUGUUUUGCUAUCACUGUCCCCCUUCGUUGCAUCCGGCUGGGCCACAUCCUCCGCGGUUACCCACGCUUGAGUACCCGUUCGCACCUACACAUCCUUACACCAGCUACUCUUACCACCCUGCUAUCCAUGAUGAAAGUUUCGUUAGACGGAAACAACGUAGAAAUAGGACAACCUUCACAUUGCAACAGCUGGAAGAGCUUGAGACUGCCUUCGCCCAAACCCACUAUCCGGAUGUUUUUACCAGAGAGGAUUUGGCGAUGAAAAUCAACCUCACCGAAGCGAGAGUUCAGGUCUGGUUCCAGAAUCGACGGGCCAAAUGGCGCAAAGCCGAACGGCUAAAGGAGGAACAGCGGAAGCGAGGAGAUGGUUCCGAUCCACAGUUAUUGAAUGAUAAGUUAGAAACCGAUAGUCGUGAUUCGAGUCCGGAUAUAACGGGCGAUGCGGACGAUGACGAUAUGCGUAGCUCGAGUGCACCUCCGAUGAGCCCGAGGGUGGAUUCCGAGCCGGAUAGGCCUCAUUCCAGCACUCAAAUGCACUCGAUAACGCAAUCCGGAUCGAAUAGUGCAGGGACACCGUCACCGGGAUUGAAAUACGCUCAACAGCCUGAGCUAAGUCCAACGCCCUCAGCUUCAGCCGAUUCGCCCAUCGAAGUCGGAGGACCCAUUUCGCUGACAACUUCAACGCGUGCUUCAACGGAGGAUUCCAGUCCACUUCCAGCGACCAGCAAUUCCUCCAACGGUUUAUGCUCCGUCACAUCCAGCAAUAGCACGCCCAGCUUUAGCAGUCAUCUCUUCAGCAGUUUCAGCGAGAGUAAUGGUGGAUUCCGGCCCGUACUGGACAACGGUCAACCACGGACAACUCCUCCUCUAUUUCUUCCUCCACAUCUGGCCUCUCUGGGGUCUCAGUUUGGUCCGCCAUUGUUUCCUAAUUUAAAAGCCCUCCUCUUCUAUUCAACUACAGCCGCCUUCCCGGGUCUGUGCUCAUGCUGCCCGGCAAAAUCUCCCAUCACCAGCGGGUCCUCAACAGCCACAUCCUCACCGACGUGCACUUCGCUAGCCCACUCGAUCUGCAGUACCGGCACCACUUCAACCAGCAGCGCAUCCCUUGGAGCAUCGGAUCCCCGGUCAUCUUCGGUUGCCGAGCUUCGUCGAAAAGCUCAGGAACACUCAGCUGCCCUCCUGCACUCGCUACAAGCAGCAGCCGCCGCUGGUUUAGCAUUUCCCGGAUUCCAUUUGCCACCCCUAUCGCUGCACACUGCCCUGAGUAGUGGUCGCAAACCGAGUGAUUUCAUCAGUGACCUCUCGAUGCAUCACCAUCUGAGCAAUCAUGGACUUGGUGUUCUCGGAGCACCACACCUCAACAACAACAAUCCAAACAGCAUGAAUAAUAAUAAUGCAUCCAGCAUAGGUGGAUCCCCAUCUCCCACGAGGCACAACGGGGAUAAAUCGUCCAGUGAUUAAUAGGAGUCUCAACUUGGGGAAAUGAAUAUUGUGAUUUUGAUCAGUAUAGCAAAAAAAAUGUGUAUAUACUUAAAUACCGCUAGGAGGAAGAAGUCGUCCUCUAUCACACGUAUAGUAGCAUCCAUCGUUCGUACUAGAUUACUGAUUGCAUAGUGAGAGUAGGUUAUUAACAUUCCACGGCAACUUGCAAUAAAUUAGAGCUAGGAAUAAAAAGCUUUCAUUCGAAAUUACUUAAUUUAGUUUGUUAAUGCAGUUUGCUAGUGAAAAAUACAGGAUCUAACAAUAAAUUCACCCAAACCAUAUUUAACAAAAGUCUUUUAAUUAAACACAAUGAUGAAACGAUUAACGAAGCAAAUAAUUUCUAUUAAUUAUUCUGAUUGGCUAAAAAAGGAACCACUUGUAAAUAGCACAAAACAAUACGUAAAGCACAUACAGAAUCAAAAUAUAAUGUUACAGAAUCUUCUCGAUUACAGCAGAUCGUGAAAAAUAUCUAAACCAAUAGAAAAGAAUACUAAGAAUUUUGAAAAAGCUAACAGAAACUGUAUAGAAGUUUUGCCAAACGGAACACCAUUUAAUGUAGCUGUAAUGCGGAUAUAAAUGCCAAAAUGUAAAACGAUAAUUACAAAAUAAA